AUGAUAAUUUAUGCAACAGAAGUACAAACUAUAAAUUCUUUUCUUAGAUUGGAAUCUUUAAAAGAGGUCUAUGGACUCAUAUGGAUAUUUGUCCCUAUAUUUUCUCUUGUAUUGGGAAUCAUAACUGGUGUACUAGUAAUUGUGUGGUUAGAAAGAGAAAUAUCUGCAGGGAUACAACAACGUAUUGGACCUGAAUACGCCGGCCCGUUAGGAAUUCUUCAAGCUUUAGCCGACGGGACAAAACUACUUUUCAAAGAAGAUCUUCGUCCAUCUAGAGGAAAUACUCCUUUAUUUAGUAUUGGACCAUCUAUAGCAGUUAUCUCUAUUUUACUAAGUUAUUCAGUAAUUCCUUUUAGCAAUCACCUUGUUUUAGCGGAUCUCAAUAUCGGUAUUUUUUUAUGGAUUGCCAUCUCAAGUGUUGCUCCGAUCGGACUUCUUAUGUCAGGAUAUGGAUCAAAUAAUAAAUAUUCUUUUUUAGGUGGUCUGCGAGCUGCUGCUCAAGCGAUUAGUUAUGAAAUACCAUUAACUCUAUGUGUUUUAUCAAUAUCUCUACGAUUAUCUAACAGUUUAAGUACAGUUGAUAUAGUUGAGGCACAAUCAAAAUAUGGUUUUUGGGGAUGGAAUUUGUGGCGUCAACCUAUAGGUUUUAUCAUUUUUCUAAUUUCUUCCCUAGCAGAAUGCGAGAGGUUACCUUUUGAUUUACCAGAAGCGGAAGAAGAAUUAAUAGCAGGUUAUCAAACUGAAUAUUCCGGUAUCAAAUUUGGUUUAUUUUAUGUUGCUUCUUAUCUAAAUCUAUUAAUUUCCUCAUUAUUUGUAACAGUUCUAUACUUAGGCGGUUGGAAUAUUUCUAUUCCGUAUAUAUCUAUGCUGGAGCUAUUUGAAAAGGAUCAAAUUUUUGGAACAACAAUUGGUAUCUUUAUUACAUUAGCUAAAACUUAUUUGUUCUUGUUCAUUUCUAUCGCAACCAGAUGGACUUUACCUAGGCUAAGAAUGGAUCAACUAUUAAAUCUUGGAUGGAAAUUUCUUUUACCGAUUUCCCUUGGUAAUCUAUUAUUAACAACUUCUUUCCAACUCUUUUCACUCUAA